GGGACAGGGACCGGGACCGGGACCAACAGGGAUCGGCUGCACACGGCGACCGGCGGGUUUGCGGGUCCGCUUUGCUUCCUUCCGUCCCGCAGCUGCCCUGCACACGGGCUCUGCUCCGGGAACUGAGUCUCCGUACAGUGCUCCACGGCUUUGGAAGUUUCUUUCCAGGCACUGAGUAAACCGAAAGGGCACUUUUGUUGGUAAUACGCCUGUGCUGAUGGUCUUAGCUUUAAAGGUCUCGGCUUCUUAACUGGUAACUGGUGGAUUGACUUUCUGUAGCGAGUAGUUCAUGCCCUGUGGAGUGUGGGCUCUGCAGAGUAGCCCUGUCCUCUUGAGGCCGCUGCUUUGCAGUGCGUUGCUGCUUUCUAGAGCUGAAGUACUGUUGAGAUAAGAGCUGUGCAAGAAUUCCUUUUCCUCAGGUCACUGUGACUGACCACAUCAUUAAGAUGCUGAUGCUCUUGGCUAUUCAUUCUUCAUGAGACCUUGAUAAAGCAGCUAUGCCUGUUCAACUGCUGAAGAUCGUUAAAGGACAAUCUGAGACUCCACUACCAAGCCAUUUGCAGAAGGAGAAUUUGCAACAAUUGGAAGAAGGCUGUGAUUACACCAACAAAUACAUUCAGGGAAUAGUUAGUCUUUCCUACCCAUUAACAAAACUCGGAGAUGGAACAGACUUUUUCAAGAUUGUUCUUCAAGAUUCAGAUAACUUGUCUUCCCAGAUCAACAGCAUCCAUGUUUUUAUAUAUGGAAAAAUGGCAGAGGAUUGUGCAAAAAUGAUACGCCAUGGGGAAACCUUCAUAGUGGCAGGAUUUAAGGUGGUAAAAUUGCCUACAGCAAGAGAGGAUGAUAGACAUGGUUGUAACCUGGAAGUGUCUGAAGAAGCUGGAUCAGCCAUUUAUAUUUGCACUAAACCAGGAACAACUACUGCUUCAGAAACUGCAUCUGUGUCUGUUGCUCCAAAAUACGUGUACACUCCCCUGAAUCAUCUGAAAGAUGGAACUAUAGUGAACUUGUAUGGCGUUGUGAAAUUCUUCAAGCCUCCAUAUAUUAGCAAAGGAACUGAUUAUUGCUCAGUUGUAACGCUUGUGGACCCAUCAAAUGUGAAGUUAACGUGCAGUCUUUUUAAUGGAAACCUAGAUUCUCUACCAAAAAUUUACAAAGUUGGAGAUAUUGUUCGAUUUCACAGAAUAAAGAUCAGGGAAUACAAUGGACAGAUGCAGGGAAUUACCAGUGGGGGAUUUGCAUCCUUGACAUUUGAUGGAACUGUAGGAGCUCCAAUAGUUCCUCGAACUUCUAGCAGAGUAUACACUUUCAUGGAUGAAGAACAGAAAACAGUAGAAGAGUUACGUAUUUGGGCAGCCAGUAAUAUUUCCAUCUCUGGACCAGCAGCAAAAUUGUCUGGUGUUCAGCCGAUGCUGUUCUUUGAUCUCACUUGCCAGCUAGUAGGAAAAGCAAAAGUGGAUGGAUCUUCUUUUCUUCUAAAGUGCCUAACUCAUGGGACAAAGCACCUUGGUAUCACAAACUGUCUGAAAAUAGGUCCUUCUGUUGAACCUAUGUGUAUGAAAUCCUGUGAAAAGCGUCAUUUCAGAAGUAUAGUCCAAAUGCGUCUGAAUUUUUGUUUUACUAUGCCGGUUUGGGAUGGCACUAAAUGUCCUUACCCCACAUGGAAGGUUCCCGUGGAAGCAAAAGACCUGGAGGGAGACAAAGUUUUUCUUCAUCAGCUGAGAAAUCUAGCAGUGGACAUUCUAGUCUAUGAUAAUCAUGUACAGCUGGCAGAAUCACUUAAGAUUGGAAGUUUUCUGAGAAUUUACAGUAUUCAUUCAAAACAGGCAAGUGCUGACAAUGAAGAUGUCUCACAUAUAGAAUUUCAUCUUCAUGGUGGCACCUGUUAUGGUCGAGGAAUAGGAGUCUUGCCAGAAAGUAACCCAGAUGUUAAGGAGCUAAAAGCAUUCUUAGAAUCUUUGGAUCUGACAGUCGGUCAGAAUAUGGAAAGUAUGUGUUCAAUGGAUGUGGACAGCACUUUUGACAAUGAUACAGAUCUUGAAUUGCACUUACAGAGAUGUCAGCAAUUAUCUGUUAAAGUAUUAACAGAUCAUCAGGAUUUGAGUAACACAGAAUUGAAAACCAUAAAAAACAGCUCAGCUCCUCGACAGUAUCGCAUUAGAGCAAAACUUAGAACUUACAAACCCCAAAAGCUUCAUCAGUCCGUUAAACUUCAUUGUUCCAAAUGCAACUCUUUGCAAGAAGUUCCAGAUAGAGAUGACUUUGACUUCAUUCUACGUGGCUCUGCCGGUACUGCCUCAAACCCAGAAUUACACAAUACAUCCUGGUACGAAUCUGUAACAUGGACUACACAAGACCAGAAGCAAAGGGAAAUUACCAUCCAUUUUGUGAAGCAUGAUGAAAUGCUUCAGCAUCCUGAGGACACCUUGCUUAUGGUAGAAGGCGGAACACUAAAAGAAAUCUGGAAGCUUUCAAAAAGAUUUAAGUGUAUUAUUCCUGUGAGAUCUACAGAAGAUGAUCUUAAAUUAUUAGAUCUUUCAGCUCCUUUUCUUCUACAAAGGAAUGUAAAAUAUUAUGGGUGCAAGCAGUGUUCAGCUCCAAAGCCUGUGAAGAAUCUAAGUUCCCUUGCAGCAGAACAGCAACCAUCUUGGGAACCAUCUGAAAUAGCACAAGUUUUAGGUAUUGAACUGCUCCAGUAUGUUUUUAUUAUGAAGUUUACACUGGUUGAUGAAACAGGAGCACUAAAUGCAUACCUUUUUGAUUAUGAGAAGUUUUUCCAAAUUCCUGCCUGUGAAAUCUUAACAAAUAAUUUUCUUCAGGAAAAGAUGCAGAUGACUAUGAAUACACUCUGUCCUCCAGGAAGGAAAUUAGGUGACUUGCCAUGGCUGGAAUGCUUCAUCAAGUCCUAUAAUGUCAGAGACGCAAUGAAAAAUCAAGUUUAUUACCAAAUUUUUGACACUACAGUUGCUGAAGAUGUUGUAUAGUCACGUGUUGCUAAUUGGAAGAAAUCCAGUGAGGAUCUGUUUCUGUGGGGGGACUGGGAUCACAGACUAUAUUAAAAAAAAAUAAAAUCUUUGUUGCUUUCUUAGGAAUUCAACCUGUUUUUAUGAUUUUUUAGUUGUGUAUGAAUGGGAAUUAUACUUUGAUAUGUUUGCUGUUUUCCUGGCACACGACUUUGUGAUCCAAGGGCAAGUGGAGGUUCUGAGCUUUUCACUGGAAGCUGCUUGGCUUAGGCUGAUGGAAGCAAUCUACUUCAAAAAGGCAGUGAUGGGAUUACUCUAAAUUUGUAAAUUUUACUGAGAAAAAUGUAGUCAGGAUGGUGCUGUGUGUUGAUUUUUGUAUUAAACUACAUCAACAGAGGCAGAGGGAAAGAGCUCUUCAGUAAACUCAGACUACUUCAUGGAAGCCACUAUUACUGUUCUCAGUUUGACAGGGAGGUUGGUUUUUAGAGCCUUUGAUUUUGUAGUGAUACAUACAUUUAGACAAACUCGUGUUAGUAACAUUUGGAUAAACUGCUACAUGGACCAGUUACUGUAGAUUCUGAUGGGGUUGUGAACAUGACCAUGUAGUGAUUAUCACUAAAAUUAAGUCAAGCCAUGAAAGUAAGGUAGUGUAAAUUUGUAAAAUGAAUAUUGACGUUUGGUAGCUGGUAAUGAAUCUGGGGUGGCCUUGUUGGGUACCAAAGUUGCUAGUAUGUUUAUUAGCUGGGUCUGUGUUUUCAUAAUUUCAAUCUGCUUUUUCCAUCUCACAUAAUCAGAUUGUGUGCCUAAAUUGAGAGAUAGAGAAGUGAUCUCAUACCGUCACAGGUUGAAAAUUCUGCUGGACUAGAAAACUGUGGUGGUUGUAUUUUGCAAUCAGAAGUCUCUAGGUCAAGUUCAGGACAUGUUUCUGUAAGGAUAAUUAAUGUAGAAAUCCCUAUCAAAUCAAAUGCGGAUUUCCAUCAGAGCAAAAUUACUUAGUAUUUACAGCAGCUGUUUUUAAAGAAUUUCAAAAACAAAUGGAAUAUUUGUAAGUACAUUAUUAUUUUGAUAGUAAAUGACAUUUUACUUUUUCCAUAUUUCAGGACUGUUUAAUAGAUUAUGCAAUUUGUCUUAAAAUUUCAUCACAUAUCCCAUGGUAAUUUUCUUGUACUGUAAACAAUUACAUUGGGUUUAUAUGUCAUAAACCAGAAUAUUGUUCUUUAUCAAUCGGUGUAAAGGAACAACCAGUAUUAAAAGUGGCAUAUUUCCUUUAAAAAUUUCUAAAAAAUAAAAAUAUUUUGAAGUUGAACCAGCAGUUUAUCAGAGAGUCUACUGACUUAAGAAAGGUUUCUUGAAUUUUUGCAUAAACGCAUCAACAAAAAAUAGUUAUGACAAAUGAAUAUCAAACUUCAGACACUGGCCAUAGCCAAAAGUUUUUGCAAGUUAGAAGUUAAAUUGAAGGCAAUCUUCUUUGCUUUUAUUUUAUAUAGGGUACGAAAACGUGAAUUUCUAUUUUUAGAUUCUUGUUAACAACUCUGAAAGAUACUGAUAUUGUACAUUUUUCUAAAUAAGUCUUCAUAAAUUAAUAAAUAAAAAGAUGUUUCGAACUUUAGUGUAAAAUAAAUCAAUUUCACCACAUCCCUUGUCUGAGAUCCCUGCCUAAAAACAUAUGUACAUA